AUGGUUUCAUCGAUAGAGGACGUUGCUACAAAGUCAGAGCAUGAGGAGACGCUCUCUGCGCUCGAGGUAGACGUCGAUGUAUCCGACCAGUGCCAGGUGAAUCGGACCAAAAGGAAGAUAGAUCUUAGGAUCUGCAUUGUUCUGGGGGUGAUGUAUACCGCCUCAUUAAUUGAUCGUGUCAAUUUACCUGUGAGUACCUCCUCUCUCUGGAAUCUCUCUGCAACCUUUGGAAACGUCGGCUCAGAAGAACAGAAUGCUUAUGUCGCUGGGAUGAGAACAGAUCUCGACCUCCAAGGCAAUGCUUAUUCCCUCUUAAUCCUCCUCUUCUUCCCGUUCUAUAUAUUGUUUCAGCCACCAAUGACUGUGAUUGCUCGGAAACUCCGCCCGCGCCGCUUUUUAAGCGGCAUUGUGACUGCCUGGGGUUUGGUAAUUGUCGGACAUGGCCUUGUUCAAAGCUGGCGAUCUAUGCUUGCUUUGCGGUGCUUGUUGGGAAUCUUUGAGGCAGGCUUCUUCUCCAGUUGCGUGCAUCUGUUGAGUUCUUGGUACAUCAGAGCUGAGGUCGCAAAACGAAACGCCGCCUUUUAUCUCCUGGGGUCCUUUAUUGCAGGCUUCGGCGGUAUCCUGGCGUAUGGUUUGUCAAAAAUGGAUGGAGUCGGUGGUCACGCAGGCUGGCGAUGGAUAUUCCUUUUGGAGGGCAUUAUCACCAUUGCUUUUGCUCUCAUAGCCUACUUUCUCAUCGUCGAUUUCCCGGAGGACGCUCAAAAAUCCUGGAAAUUCCUCCAAGAAGAUGAAAUAAAAGCAGUCAUCGAUCGACUUAACAGAGACCGACAGGACGUCACAACAUCUCCCUUUAAACUGGGCUCAUAUUUGAGGAACGCAUUAGACUGGAAGAUCUGGUUCUUUGCUGCUAACUUUGGUCUCUCCUCAGUGGUCACAUACAGUGUCGCUUACUUCCUUCCUAUUGUCCUACGUGAAGGACUUGGGUUUUCUGAGGCAGCGUCUCAGUGUCUGAGUACUCCAUGUUAUGUCUUUGCAUCAAUUCUUGGAUUUUCUGAGAGUAUCAUAUCUGACAGAAUCGGGCUUCGAACACCGUUUCUUCUCUUCAACUGUGUUAUCGAAGUGAUCGGAGUUGUUGUCUUGGGUUACGCAAAACCAAGUGGCGUCAGAUAUUUCGGAGCGUUCCUCAUUAUUGCGGGAGCCAACUCAAAUAUUCCACUGUCUUUGACAUACCAGGCAAAUAACAUCCGAGGCGUGUGGAAACGCGCCUUCUGCUCAGCAACUAUCGUUGGUGCUGGAGGUAUCGGUGGUAUCAUUGGUUCCUUGACCUUUCGAGACCAAGAUGCCCCAACAUACAGACCGGGCUUAUACACCUGUAUCACUGCUGCAUGCGUGACAUUUAUCUCUGUCUGCACCACAUCGACAUAUUUCUUUGUCCAGAACAAGAAGCAGAAGGAAGGGAAAGUCGUGAUCGAGGGCUUAGAGGGCUUUAGGUACACAUAUUGA